AUGCAAAAUGCCGGACGCUGCCUCUUCAUACUGACAACGUGUUACUUGGGAGAAGCCUUUGAGUCUGCCACCAGGGAACAGCUGGAAGGAAAUGUUGAGAAGGAGACGUCAAGUCAGCAAGCCCACGUCAUGCGGCGAAAUGAUGCAAAAUGGAGGUCAAUGCCAGAAGUGACGGUCUUCAGUGUGGAUGCGGAUGCCCACUUGCGACAGGAGAAUCUGAAGGUCGCACCAGCGCCAUCUCCGCAUGACUCCAGGCAAGGCCCGACGUUACACCACAAGGAGGCUGAGGUCCAUCAUCAUGUCGAGGACCGGCACAGACACCACGAUGGUUCAGAGCACCAGGACAAGAACGGUCCGAUGAGACAAGCGCCACCGACUCGCGGUCAACUUCCGCAUGCGGGUCACAUCCAAAGCCAUGGUCAUUCUGAGGGCAUCCAGUCUCAGACUGCACAGCACGCGCCGCGUGUCCAUCACCAGCAGCCCGCGCCAUCACCCUCUUCUCGUGCAGGUGUCGAAGGAAGCAAACAGUCAGCACCAGCGCAACCCCACCAGCCCAGUCCAGGCCAUCAGUCCCAUCAUAAGCCAAGUUCUCAGCACGUGGACGAACUUCAUCGCAAUCUUCCUGCUCGACAUACUCACCAGGAUGCUGAGCGACCAGCAAGAUCCUGGGAGGAGGACGGUCGGCAGCAGGCCCGAGAAACGUUGCGAAACUCGCGUCCUCCAGUCGUCAUGUCCCAGCGAGAUGAGGAUGGCCGGGCGAUUCGCAGCUCUUCUCCCGCUCCAGGCUCUGAAAGUGAGGGCAAUGUGGUGGCCGGCAGGAAGACGAUAUCUUUGGCCACGGUCGCAGUCGCUCAAUCCAAGAUCUUUGCGGAGCAGCUUAUUGCAGAGGAGCGGGAGUCGCUUUGUCCGCAGCUUCCCAGCCGAGUAUCUCUAGAAAUAUUGGCUGCAAAUGCGAAGAUUGCCGAGGAACUCACAUUCGUCUUCCGAGCCAAGCUGACAACGGAAGACCGCAAAAUUCCGAAUCAGGCUGCCAAGAUGUUGCGCACAGGCAUCGAGGUGGAGUGGAAGGAGAAUACAGCCGGCACAACAAAUGACGAGCAAGCUGCGCUAGCACGAGCUGAAGAUGAGCUUCUGGAGAAGAAUUCUUUGUGGGAUCCCAUCUCACGUGGUGCAAAGCUUAUUCUGCCGCUGUCGGCAUGUGACCUCAUGAACGAGACCUUCUCGCUGAUGUGCAAUCGCAAGAGGAAGCCUCAUGCUGACGGCAGCUCUGCUUCCCUCAGCGAGCAGGGGAGCUCACUCGGCGAAGAAAUGCAAGUUGAAGCUUCUCUUCGGCAGCUCCGUGAGCUGUACCUUAGCCUUCCAGGUGGCCUGGGAGUUGUCGUGGACAGGGAGAAGGAGGCGUAUGCCGAUGGGCUGAGGCGCCAGGAGUUACAGGCCGCUCGGGACCCACGUCGCAAGCCCAGCUUGUUGCAGAGAGCAGGAGGAGACACCACGAGCUUUCCUGCAACCUUCAGUUGGUUGUAUGAGAGACCGCAGUGCUUGGACUAUGUUCAUCAUCAGGGCACAUGUGGCGCGUGCUACAUGUUUGCGGCUUUAGACUCGUUGUCUGACCGGCACUGCAUCGACUCGACGAACGCCUCACGCCUGGGCAAGGUGGAUCACCUGUCCGUACAGAUGGCACUACUUUGCGAGCCAUUAGGCCGUCAAUGUGCAGGCGGCUGGGCGGACGUCGGUUUCAACUACUCCGUGUACUUCGGUCUGCACACGGCCACCAAAUGGCCGUAUGAGAGAAGUUGCCUCUCAGACUCUGAAUGCCAGUUCGGAAAGCAGUGUUUCUCGCCCUCGAGCUACGGGUGCCCCAGCUUCUUCUCGCAGGAAGAGCUGGAUGAGAUUUCUACAUUCAGCGAUGCUUUGCGAGUAACGAAACGCAAAUGCGAGACAUCGCACAUAGAAGAUCCGGACAACUGCAAGGUGUGGGCGGAGACCAUGUUUGCCAUGUCACCAACCAUGGUCUUCAUGCCGGAAAGUUGCUUUUGUGCCGAGCUGGUCGCUGACUGGGCUACGUUCGGCGCCAAACCGGUGCCCUGCCACUCUAGCGGUGGUGACGGCAGCGGCAUCCCAACGAUUCUUCUCGAGGCCAAGACUAGUCAUCGUGAUGAAGAUGAAGAUGAAGACAAUGGGUUUAACUUCUUUGAGUGGCUGGCAAGCCUGUUCUUUGGAAGCUCUCAGGAACAGACGAGUCAGGAGAGCAGCACCACUUGGAAUGCUAACAUCCCAGGCGGCUCAUGGAGCUCUGGAUCGAAGUCGGUUUCUUCGGUCACUUUGACUACCACGACUGUGGAGCAAUGCAGCAGGGACCGUUGCCUACUAGAGCCGAAGCCGCACAAGGCCACAAGGUACCACUACAUUGUCAAUCAGAAGGCCUGGCAAUUCCUGGUAUGUUCUGGAUGCAUGAGAUGCGCGAGGAUGUCUUCAAGAUGGAGAUCUACAAUGACGGCCCGUUCUACACAAGUUACUACAUCUACGAGGAUUUUACGUGGUUCUUCCAGUUCUGGCCUGAAGAUGGCUACAAUUAUCAGUGGGGUGCCAUGCAGGGUGGGCAUGCCGUUGUCCUCAUCGGCUGGGAAAGCUGCCAGUAUCACGGGGACAAGAUCGCCAUUCCAGGAGAUACAGACCCGGUGCCGCAAAACAGUGGUUCCAGCAACCGCCAGAAAAGCACUGGCGAGUGUUGGCACCUGCGGAAUACCUGGGGCGACGAGUGGGGUGACAAGGGGUACUUCCGCAUGUUAG